AUGGAACAAAUAAAACGUCAACGAAGUAAUAGUGUGAAUAUUUAUGAUAAUAAUAAAAAACAAAAGAUUCAAGUUGAUACGAAUUUUUUAUUAAAAGAAGUGAUCACAUGUUUUGAAGAUCUUUCUAAUGAAUUAAUCUAUGAAAUAUUUGAAUUAUUAGAUUUUGAUCAUGUUUAUGAAACUUUUUAUCCACUUAAUGCACGAUUUUAUAAUCUUAUAACGAAUUCAACUCUUCCAAUUGAAGUUAAUCUUUCAUCUGUAUCAAAAUCGACAUUUCAACGAUACAAUAAAGAUAUUAUUCUACCGAAUAAACACCGAAUUCAUUCACUUCAUUUAUCAAAUCCUUGUUUAUACGAUGAUAUUUCUUCACCAAUUCAUAUUCUGCCUGAUUUUCGAUACCUUAAAACACUUAGUCUUAAUGAUAUAGAAUCAAAGUGUCUUCAAUAUGUCAUUCCUACAUUAGUCUCAUUACCAUGUCUCUCUUCGUUAUCUAUCUCAUCUGCAGACAAUGUUCAAAAUAAGAAUUCUAUCUAUUCUCAGAUAAUUCGUCUGGCUUCAUUGAAAUAUUGCAGCUUAUCAUUAAAAGGAUCAGAUGACAAUGAAUUAUUAUUGUCGACACUCGACAAAUAUAGUCCCAUCGAACACUUAAUCAUCAAAUACAGUAUUUACACCAAUCAACUUUACAGCUUAUUAUCGUAUAUUCCUCAACUUCGUCGUUUAUAUGUUCGUGAUAUAUGCAACUCAUGGACGACGUAUAUGAAACCAUAUCCACCUAUAUUACCCUAUCUAACACAUGUUUCACUAGAUUCUAUCAGCAUGGAGUUCGAUCAAUUUCAACAAAUGGUCAUAGAUAUGUUUCAUUUAGUACAAGUUUUGUAUAUUACCAUAAAUUAUCAUCUCGGCCAAAUGUAUAUAAAUGCUAAUAGCUGGGAACAAUUGAUAUUAGCUCAUAUGCCGAAUUUACGUAUAUUCAAUAUUCGACUUGAAAGUUUGCCGAGAUACAUUACUACUGAAAAUCAUAAUGAUAACCAAGUGGUAUUGACUAAUCCUACUGAUAAGUUUACAUCUUCAUUUUGGAGCGAACGACAAUGGUUUUUUAUACAACAAUUUGUUCACGAAGCAUAUGGAAACUGUACAACCUUCUACUCAACAAAUCCAUAUAGAAGAAAAUAUUAUAUAUUAGGCAAGGAAAUUCAUCCAUCAACUUCUUUAAAUCCGAAGAAGAGUCACUUGCAAUCUGUUCAACAUCUUCAAAUUGACGAUGCAAAUGAAACAAUAGAUUGUAAAUAUUAUUUUCCAAAUGUAACUACGCUUACUCUUGGAUAUGGUUUUUCGCGAACUCGUAAGUUAAUUGCAAGCAAUAUCAACCAUAUUAUUCCUUUGAAACAACUGACUAAAUUAGUUAUCAAAUCUCGUUAUCUUUCUUUAACAAAAUUAAUUGAAGUAUUACGCUUUACACCUCAUAUUCGUAUAUUAAUAUUCGAAUCUAUCCUACUUUAUCGGGUUAAUUAUAACUGUAUUCAACAAAAUGAAACUUUUCAAUUAGUAUCCAAUACAAAUAUGAUUACAAAUGUGACUUUGAAACAAACAUGUAACUUAGAUAAAAUUCAAUUACUUGUUGCAUUAUUCUCUCGAAUUCAACAUCUAACAAUAGGUCAUAAUAUGGAAGAUUUAGAAUCAAUAGUACGAUUUCUAUUGAAGAAAAGAAAUCAAAAUAUUAGUCAGUUGUGCUCAAUCUGUUUUCGAUUGGUGUGUGAAAGUUCGCUUACAAGAUUGAGAACAUUCAUCGAAUCUGAGACAUUACUUACUGAUUAUACAUUGAAAAAAGUCAAUACUGAUAUACAUUUAUGGUGGUAA